AUGCCUGAAAUCCAGGAGAAAAACAAGGAUGAUCUAAGCAAGGCUGAGAUGUUAAUAAAUGGAGAGGACAUGAGGAAAUAUGGGGAGGCUAGUGGAAGUGAUCUGAAAGAAGCUUCUCAAAAUAUUAACAGUAUUCCAAAGGAAAAUUUUCUUACUGAUUCUCCCAACUCAAAGUGUGGUGAUGGUGUUGAUGGUGGAGGUAGGGAUAGUGGUGGUGGCGUGGGGGUGGGGAGGGGGGGAGGUGGUGGUUGUGGUUGUGGUAUGGGAACAGCUGGCUACAGUGGUGGUGGUGGAGGUAGGGAUGGUGAUUCCGAAGGUGGAAGUGGUGGUUGUGUUUUUGGCACUGAUGAUGGCGGUGGUGGUGUUGGUUGGAGUGGUCUCGAAGACGGUGGUGGUGGUGAAGGUAAGGAUGGUGCUGGUGCUAGUGGCAAUUGUGGUGGGCAGUGCUAG